AUGUCUUCUCGACCAGAACUCAAGGUGGACGACGAGACCGGCUUCGUGAAGGCUUUCCACCAGCUCGAAACGGAGAAGCCCACAGACACCAUUCGCAUCUUCGACCGUGGCGACUUCUACUCCGCUCAUGGUGAAGAUGCCAAGUACAUCGCCCAGAUCCAAUACAAGACGACUUCGGUCCUCAAGACAUUGGGCAAAAACCCGGGGUUGGAUUCGGUCACCAUGACUGCGAUGGUAUAUCGCACAUUCUUACGAGACGCUGUCAUACGGCUCGGCAAACGCGUCGAGAUUCUGGAGACCGGCGGACGAAACAAGUGGGAAAUUACCAAACAGGCAUCGCCUGGCAAUUUGCAGGACAUCGAAGAGGACCUCGGAGGAAACAUCGAUUCCGCGCCCAUGAUUCUUGCAGUCAAAGUAUCUGCAAGGGCAACUGAGGCCCGCAACGUGGGUAUCUGCUUCGCCGACGCGAGUGUCCGCGAGCUUGGGGUCAAUGAGUUUGUCGACAACGACAUCUACUCAAACUUCGAAUCACUCAUCAUCCAGCUCGGAGUGAAAGAGUGCUUGAUCCAAGUCGACAUCACAAAGAAAGACGCGGAACUGCAAAAGCUACGGGCCAUUGCCGAGAAUUGCGGCUGUGCCGUUGCAGAACGACCUUCCGGAGACUUCAGCAGUCGAGACAUUGAACAGGACCUCACUCGCCUUCUCCGGGAUGGCGCGGCGAAUACAUUACCACAGACCGAGUUGAAACUCUCGAUGGGCUCUGCAGCGGCGCUCAUCAGAUACCUGGGCAUCAUGUCGGAUGCAAGCAACUUUGGCCAGUAUCGACUUUAUCAAUACGACCUGAGCCAGUACAUGAAGCUCGACUCUUCGGCGUUGAAGGCGCUGAAUCUCAUGCCCGGGCCAAAAGAUGGAUCGAAGACGAUGAAUUUGUACGGCCUUCUGAAUCACUGCAAGACGCCAGUUGGCAGCCGCUUGCUGUCGCAGUGGCUGAAGCAGCCCUUGAUGAGUCUUGAGGAGAUCCAGAAGCGACAGCAGCUCGUCGAAGCGUUCGUGAACGACACGGAACUCAGGCAGACAUUGCAAGAAGAGCAUCUCCGGUCAAUCCCGGAUCUCUAUCGUCUGGCCAAGAAGUUCCAGCGGAAGAAAGCAAAUCUUGAAGACGUUGUGCGACUCUACCAGGUUGCAAUCCGUGUACCGAACUUCAUAGGCACUUUUGAAGGGGUUAUGGAUGAGGCUUACAAGGACGCUCUCGAUGCCGAGUACACGAAUAAACUGGUGGAGUAUUCCAACAGUCUUGGCAAACUCCAGGAGAUGGUCGAGACUACCAUUGACCUAGAAGCGAUGGAUAAUCACGAGUACAUCAUCAAGUCUGAGUUCGACGACACACUACGCGUCAUCCGCAAGAAGCUUGACAGUCUCACUUACAAGAUCCACCAGGAGCACCAGCGCGUGGGUGAAGCCCUCAAUCAGGACACCGAGAAGAAAUUGCUGCUAGAGAAGCACAAAGUUCAUGGCUGGUGUCUACGUCUCACUCGGAACGAGUCAUCCAUGAUACGCAAUAAGGCGGAUUACCAAGAAAUCUCGACGCAAAAAGCUGGUGUCUACUUCACGACAAAGAAUCUUACCCAGAUGAAGAGAGACUUCGAGCAAUUGACAGAAAACUACAACCGGACGCAAAGUGGCCUGGCCAGCGAAGUCAUCAACGUCGCUGGCUCAUACAGCCCGGUCGUCGAAAAGCUCGCCGGUGUGCUCGCUCACUUAGACGUGAUCGUGAGCUUCGCCCAUGUCUCCGUCCACGCACCCUCAGCCUACGUCCGGCCCACCAUCCAUCCGCGCGGCACCGGCAGCACGAUCCUCAAAGAAGCCCGCCAUCCGUGCAUGGAAAUGCAAGACGACGUGCAGUUCAUCACAAACGACGUCUCGCUCAUCCGCUCCGAAUGCGAAUUCCUCAUCAUCACCGGCCCCAACAUGGGCGGGAAAUCAACCUACAUCCGCCAGAUCGGCGUGAUAGCCCUCAUGGCCCAGAUCGGCUGCUUCGUCCCUUGCACGGAAGCCGAACUGACAAUCUUCGACUGCAUCCUCGCACGCGUCGGAGCAAGUGACAGCCAACUCAAAGGCGUCUCAACCUUCAUGGCCGAAAUGCUGGAGACAUCAAAUAUUCUCAAAACAGCCACCCGAGAAUCCCUCGUCAUCAUUGACGAACUGGGCCGCGGGACAUCCACCUACGAUGGCUUCGGCCUCGCGUGGGCGAUAAGCGAACACAUCAUCAAGGAAAUCGGCGCCUUUGCCCUCUUCGCAACCCACUUCCACGAACUCACCUCCCUCAUCCAGACCUACCCUCAAGUCGAGAAUCUGCACGUCGUAGCCCACAUCGACGCCUCCCCGGCCCAUCCCAAGAAUCGCGAAGUCACGCUGCUCUACAAAGUCGUGCCGGGCAUCUCGGAUCAAUCGUUCGGAAUCCAUGUCGCGGAACUGGUCAGGUUCCCGCAGAAGGUGGUCAACAUGGCCAGGAGGAAAGCGGAUGAGCUGGAAGAUUUCUCGGGGAAGAACGAGGCGGCGAGAGUUCAAGGGACGCAAGAGGAAGUGGAAGAGGGUAGUAGGAUGCUGAAGGAGAUCUUGCAGAGGUGGAAGGAAGAAGUCGAGAAUGAGAGUCUGGGCAAAGAAGAGCAGGUGCAGAGGAUGAAAGAGUUGGUGCAGGGCAACGAGGAGCUGUUGGCGAAUCCGUUCUUCCACAGCGUGAAGGCUCUCUGA